UCUCCGGAUUCUCCGCCGCCAAAACCACUCUAUUUCAAACAGAGCGGAGGCGACGACGGCGUUGCUGCGAGAAAAGAGGAAGCUUUCUCUGCUUUCCUUUCCGGAGUCCUUACCCGAGCAGAGGAGGCUGCGCCUCGCUUUUCCCUUCUUCAAUUCUUCCUCUUUUCCCGCUCUUCAUUUUGGUACGUAGUCCACGCACUCAACGAGCAGCUCCUUGAAUGUGAGCGGUAGCCACGGCACAUGCCGUGCGGAUGAUUGAGGGCAAAUAAAUGCAGCGAGAGGGGAGUUAUCGAGACUGUCGGCGUCUAAAUAUUUCAAACGGAUAGAUUUCUCGUUAUAAAAUUGAGAGGAAGACGCGACGCGAGCGUUUAGAACUGCGAGGUUUUCUUUGAUCUCGCCUCUGUCGCUUCGCAGAGACAUCUGGAGCUCAUACAAACGAUCGUGAUUGAUUUCCGGCGGCUGGGAAAUGGGCCGGGCGGCGCGGUGGUUCGGCAACCUCUGGAGUGGGAGUAAGGAGAAGAAGGAGGCCAAGGACUUCUCCAGCUACGAUCGCGGCGAGGCGAGAGUGGAAAGGAAAAGGUGGAGCUUUCGCAAGUCGUCGCUGGACUCCGGCGACGCGACGCUCGGCCAGAACUCCGCCACGGCGGCUGCCAUCGAGGCGGCGUGGUUCAAGUGCUUCUACGCCGAAACCAAGAAAGAGCAGAGCAAGCACGCGAUUGCAGUUGCCGCCGCAUCUUCUGUUGCGGCGCGUCUCCCCGAAAACAGAGCUGCGCUGGUCGGCUCCUACGAGUCGGCGGCUUUACGGAUUCAAACAGCUUUCAGGGGCUACUUGGCAAGAAAAGCACUCAGAGCUCUCAAAGCACUGGUCAAACUGCAAGCUUUAGUCAGAGGGUAUCUUGUUCGCAAGCAAGCCGCAACCAUUCUCCAUGGCAUGCAAGCUCUGAUCCGAGCUCAGGCCACCGUCCGAGCUCAAAGAUCCCGGAAUAUCAUCUCCGACGACAGAAGUUAUCUACCGGAGAUCCGCCAUAGGAUAUCCUUGGAGAGGCUCGAUAUCGACAUUCGAAACCGGCGGCUCUCGGCAGGCAUCGACGGCGCCGUGUUCUCCAGAAGCCCAAAGAACGUCGAGGUCGACACGUGGAGUCCAAUGCUAAGAUCUUGCUGCCGGAACAAUCUCUUUGCGGCAGAGGACGACCGCCAUUCGUUCACUUCGCCACUUCCAUCUCAUGUUCCGGCUCGGAUCUCGAUUCCCAGCCGUCUCCAUUUGUCGGAGAACGAGUGGUGGACGACCGGCGAGAGGUGCCGGCUUCCGGCGACAACGCACAGUACGCCACGGUACAGCAACGCCGCGGCUACUCCUAGGAAGUACUGCUCCAGCUCGUCGAGCUCCCCCAACUACAUGGUGAACACACAGUCGUCGGCGGCGAAGCUGAGGAAGAGACCGCCGCUGUGUGAGGUGAACCUCAACUCGGCCGGGCCUACCGGUGGGAUACAGAAGCCGGCUGUGAAGUUUCACCAGAAAGACGAAGCAAAGGGGGAAAUUUACAUGCAGAGAAUGUGGUAAAUCUUGUUUUCUUAAUUUAAUGCAAUGAUGGACAAUUCUAGG